AACAUUCUGCCUCUUCAGAUGCUACGUGAUACCGAACACCAUGUGGUGAGCAAUAAAAAAAAAAGACAGUUUUUUGCCAUUGAACAGCAUCACUGUUAACAGGCCACAGGCAGGAACCAGACAUAUUUAGAUGGAAGAGUAGGAAUUCAGCUGUGGAAAACAGCACGUUGUGGUGGGGAGCACAGCACAGACAGAAUGACAGUGACAAGACAGCUCACAAGUGCCGUCAGCAACUGAGCCAUGGCACAAUGAAAAAGGGAUACCUUGCUGUAACACCUCUGAAGGAGAUGGGAAACUCAAACGUGGGGCAGCCGAGAGCAAGACGACUCAAAGAGGCUCUGCACAGCUCCAUCGAGGCAAGCCUCCGCUCCGACGCCGAGGUGCCCAGUUCAGUCUUCACCCAGCUGUACUUGGAGGCUGAACAGCUGCAGCAGACACAGGAAGGCAGAGCUGAAAAGGAGGACGAUGACGAAGAGAAAUACUCUGAGCCUAGCAGUGCCACCAUCCCAUGCCAACUGAGGCCUCAUGUAGAAGAGCAUUGCAGAUUAGAUGGUUUCUGCCAGUCAGGAAAAGACCUGCGCCUGGAGUCCAUUGGCAACACCAUACUGGAAGUUCCUCCUGGAUUUAUCCUGGUGGGAGCCACAUCCCCCAGAUUGCCAGAUAACAUUCUGGUCUGUGCUGUCGACCACAUGUUCCUUCCAGACUCGACUGGGCAGAAUUCACUUUUAGGUUUCCUGGGGAACUGUGUAGGAUGUGGAAAGAAGGGGUUCCGGUAUUUCACAGAGUUCUCCGAACACAUCAACCUGAAGACUGGCUUUCAGCCAAAGAAGCAGACAUAUUUACAGUACUACCUCCUGAGGGACAGCCAUGGGAGGUUGGUCAGGGGCCCUGCAAUCUGCUGGGAGUCAAGAGAAGCAAAGGUUCAGUCUUCACAGUGUGUGUCCCAUCCCAUGAGCAGAGAAACAGAACACCUGUCUUCUCAGAAGCCAUCACAGCAGCUCAGCCACAUGUCCCCCAGCCCUGGUGAAUCCACCAGUGGUACUCAAAUGCAUACCAGACCUCCUAAGAAAAGGCACAAGGAAUGGCCUGCUGAAGGUCCUGGGACCGCUGAUCCUCAAUAAAGACUGCUUUCUCUGCCAGUGUUGAUCAGAUGAAAAAAAACAAUGGGUGUUUUCACUUUUACUUUACUUUUUCUGUUUCUGAAGGUGACAUCUAGGUGAACAUAUUCUAACUAAGGAGAAUCUCAUUUGUGUACAAGCUUAUUUGCGCUUUAUUCUGCAAAGCUUUUGUGUUUUAUGACGUGUACUUGUAUGAGAAACCUCUUCAUGGAACCAAAUGACUAUUAGAUGUAAUUUGUUUGUCCGUUUGAUCGGGGACUGGAGUCCUUGCUGCUGCAAGGGAAGUCCAUGAUAGUGCCUGAUCAAUUGGACACACUAACACUAUGCCUGCUUUAAUGGCUAUAGUCAACAACUAUGUCUAGUUGUUCAGUUUAAUACAUGGAAAUCACUGAUUUUAUAGAUACGUGAAUGUUAUGAAUUCUAAAUAUUGUAUGAUUUUGUGAUGAGUAUCCAAUACCACAGUAUUGUAUAGUAUUAAGAUCUUUGUUGAUGUUUUGUGUUCCAGUCAUUUGUCUACUUUUAUUACAGCAAAAAAAAUGUACAGUAAUUUUCUGGAGCUACAAUUUCAGUAUGCCUCUUCAGUUUUGCAAACCAUAAGUCCAUGUAAUGGUUGCUACUAUAGUAAAGAGAGAAAAAACCCAGAAACUUUAUUAUUUUUCACUCCUUCUGUGGUGACUGUAUACUUCAGACCCUAAGAGACCUGCUUUAAUGAAGUGCUCAUCUUUUAAUUGAUCAUUUUUAGAUUUUUAUAUUUAAGAAUACACACACAUUUUCAG